AUGGAUAAAUUAUAAACGAAAGUUUUGGAACUUGAAUUUUUAAAGCUAAAAGAUAAUUGCUCUUUGAACUCUGAAGAUGGGGCAAAUCUCUGUGAAUGGGUUUCUUGUGGAAGUGAUUCCUAAUGUUCAUCUGGACUAUGCUAUGACUCUGAAUGCAGGGAACCCUACCCAGGCUGGCUUAAGUUUCUAAUCAUAUUCUUCGGUAUUGCUGUACUUUCUGCUAUUGUAAUUAUCUGUUUCGUUAAGAGAUAUAAACGAGAGACAUAAAAGCAAAAAUUAUUCAUUUACAAUCAACAGCAAAUCGAAAUAGAAUAGUCCAGGCAAGAGGAACAAUAAUAGUAGUCGAUGUUAAAUUAAACUGGGUUAAUAACAGAGGGCCUUAACAACUAUGAUAGAAUGAAUACUAGAGGAUUAAGUAGAUUGCUUAAGAGAGAGUCAAGAUUUAAUGGAAAAGGAGGAGCUAACUCCUCAAUAGCAUUUACAAGAUAGGAUUCAAGAUUGAGAUAGCAGAGUAGAGGCAUGUCCUCUAAAUUUGGAGGAUUCAACAGUGAUAGGGAUUACUCGGUUAAUCAUAUUUCCUAACGCCAAAAUAAAUAUCUUCCUUUUAUGACUUCAAACUCCAGGUAUAAAAAAAUUAGAGGAGCUGGAAGUAUUGGCAAGAAAAGAAUUUCUAAUUUAAUAUCCAAGCAAUAUUAUUGA